AUGAAUGGGACAGUUUCGUUAACAUCACUUAAUCAACAAAAUGGUAAUAAAAUAUGUUGUAUUUGUUUGGAAAAAAAAUCAGUUGAUAUACCAAUAAUUAAUUGUGAUCAUCGAUAUGAAUUUUGUAAUGAAUGUAUAAUGCAAUGGUUUACAAUGAAAAAAUUAGAUUGUCCCAUAUGUCGAAAAGUUUGGCAAGAUAAAGAAUAUUCAGAUACAUCAAGUCAAAUUGAUAGUCAUUUAGCUGUUUCACUUGAAUCACUUUCAUCAUCAAUUAUUGAAAAUACUUAUCAACCAUCUGCAACUUAUUUCGGAAUGUUUUAUCCAACUAUAAGUACAUCACCGACAAGAGCUCGUCGACAAAUGUAUAGUGCAUUAAUUUGUUAUUUAUGUUCAUUUUUCGUUGUCAUUACUGUAUAUAUAGUUCUUAUAUUGUUUAGUAAAAAAUUUGAUCGUAAAGUUUAA